AACAAACCACAAGAUAAUAGACAAAUUAAAUGAUUCAGUUUGUCACAAUUUGACAAUAAAAAUGCUUAAAAAGUAGCAAUAAACAUUUUUAAUAAAAGCUUAGAAAAAGACAACAGUGUGAAAAUACAAGAAGAGUGUUUAACUGGAGUUCUGUUUAAAAUAUGUCAGAGGUGACUCAUUUCUUGGUUGAUGUAAGGAGGACAAGUCUGAUAGGUAACAGGUGUUAAAGAUGCUUUCUGGGUGUGUCUAAAAUAUGGGGAAACAUUCAGUGUAUAUAAAGUUCUCACAAAGACCAGAUUUUGCAACAAAAGACUGCAGACAUGGCACUGAAGCUGAUCUUUGUGGUGGCUCUGCAGACUCUCUUCAUAAAAGAGUCGGUGUCGCAGCUUUCUGUUUGUGGUCGAGCAAAUCUGAACAACAGGAUUGUUGGAGGACAAGAUGCUCCUGCAGGGUUCUGGCCUUGGCAGGUCAGUCUGCAGACAUCUUCACACUUCUGUGGAGGAUCCCUCAUCAACAACCAGUGGGUGCUGACGGCUGCUCACUGCUUUCCAAGUGGCAGUGCAUCUGGUGUGACUGUAGUUCUGGGUCUUCAAAGUCUGCAGGGAUCUAACCCCAACAAUGUGUCUCGAACAAUAACAAGACUAAUCAUUCAUCCGAACUACAACUCAAAUGAUAACGACAUCGCCCUCCUGCAGCUCUCCUCACCAGUAAACUUCACCAACUACAUUUCUCCAGUCUGUCUGUCUGCCACCAACAGCACCUUCUACAGCGGCGUCAACACCUGGGUCACCGGCUGGGGCAACAUUGGAAGUGGAGUCUCCCUUCCUGCCCCACAAACCCUUCAGGAAGUACAAGUACCAAUUGUGGGAAACAGACGGUGUAAGUGCAGCUAUAGCUCCAUCACUGACAACAUGGUGUGUGCCGGGUUACUGGAAGGAGGCAAAGACUCUUGUCAGGGAGACUCUGGAGGUCCGCUGGUGAUUAAGCAGAACAACCGAUGGAUCCAAGCAGGAGUUGUGAGUUUUGGAAGAGGUUGUGCUCUACCUAAUUUCCCAGGAGUCUACACCAGAGUGUCCCAGUACCAGACCUGGAUCAACACCCAAAUCAUCAGCAAUCAGCCGGGCUUUAUCGCCUUCACCUCCAAUGGAACUGACAGUGACCUCAGUGUGUCGUGUCCAGUAGAGCCACCAAUUACUACUACUUUACCAGAUGCAUGUACCUCGUCUCUGGCUUGCCUCGACCACCACACCUGGCUGUGGACCCUGUCUCCAGCUCGUCUCAUGCCCCCAGCCUCCCCCAACUUUAUCUGGAUAAAGAUCAUUUGCUGGACUUUAAAUAUGUAG